CCCAUGCACAGGCUUUCUCAAUGGCUACAAUGAGACUCUACUCAAUACGUUACUCUACUCUUUCCAACACCAUCAAAUAGGCGUUACUCAUCUUUCGACUCCCCUAGAUAAUGGUCACUCCGCGGCUGGUUCCCCAGAGGAUUCCAAUUUCCGGCUGGCGCAGUCUCCUGCUCCACAGGCGAUCUUACUCAAUGGGCACCAUGGCACAACCGGAUCUUUUCUCCUAUACCUCGGGCAGAUAUAUUUACAAUGAGGAUGCUCGAUUACGCGAGCGCUACGUCGAGUUCGACCCUGGCGCCCUUUUACGAGAAGUGGAAAAACACAUUGGCCUCGGUCAUGGACGUGCUUCACGCAUAACCAAGCUGGCCGAAGGGGACUACAAUCGAGUAUUCCAGGUAACGAUGGAUGACGGCUUCGACUGGACCCAAAUAUUACGCGACUGCUAGUGAGGCUGCCACCCUCACCUACCUCCAUUCCAAAGGUAUUCCAGUACCCAGAGUAUACGGAUAUUCCUCCUCAGAAAACAAUGGAGUAUAUCCUCAUGGAAAAGGCCAAAGGCAUACCUUUAGAUACUACAUGGUUUACAAUGAGCAAGCGCGAUCGGCUCACUCUCGCCUCUUCAUUCGUGGAUAUUGAGAAACGGCUUUUUGAAAUCCCCUUUGGGUCCAUUGGAGGUAUCUAUUUCAAGGGAGACGUUCCUUCUCACCUCCAAGCCGCGUUGCUUCAAGCCGACGCUGACCAGGAUACUGCCCCGGAAACAUUCUGUAUUGGGCCAACUGCUGGCUCAAUGUUUUGCUAUGGGAAGCGGGCUGGGAUGGAUC